UGGAAAUUUCACAACUAACUGAGCUUAAAACUGAAAGUAGAAAAGAUCUGACGCUGACAGGUGUGCGACACAAAUACGUUGUUUGUUAUUGUUUCAUACCUAUGUUAAACAAAAAUGAAUGAUCUUGAACAGAGUGCACGAAGUUGGAUUGAUACAAGAACUGACGACAAGAUCACAAUAACUCUUCUAGGACAGAGUGACAAUCAGCUCAAAUUUUCAGUCCAUACCUGUGGCUGUGGUGGAGAACCAGAAGAACCAGUCUCUCAAUUUUCAGUGACAUGUCCCCAGGAGACAGGAGAAAAAUGGUCUGUGUGGAGUGAGAGCCCUAACAUACAACAGAAAUUGUCGAGUGUUCUUGAAUUUUGUGAUUCUGAGAGGGAAAAGUCAUUAGAAGAGGUCCUUGAUAAAAUGGCAGCACUAUUGCCAAAGGCUGAUACUGAGGCUGGCAUUGAUGAUGAAGAGGAUGAUGAUGACGAUUACUACUUUGAAGAUGAUGUUGAUGAUGUUGAUACAGAAAUGCCACAGGCUGCCAAGGAGGACAGUGAUUCUGACUUGGAAGAAACGUUUUUUGGUAAAGGAGCAAAUCCGACUGCCUUCCAGCGCCUUGCUAAAGACAUGAAAAAUAUGAAAAAGGAGGCAAAGAACUUUGGAAUAGAUGGAGGACCAAGGGGAGACAACUUGUUUAUAUGGGAUGUCAAGUUGACUGGUUUUCCCGAGGAUACAGCGUUAGGCAAAGAUUUGAAAGCGUGGGCACAGAACAGUAACAGAGAGCCUGUGGUGUAUCUGGAGAUGCAGUUUCCCGGUGACUACCCAAUGUCACCGCCAUUCGUCCGUGUGACUAGACCUAGGUUCAAAUUCCUUACAGGUCACAUUACUAUAGGAGGAAGUAUAUGUAUGCAGAUGUUAACACGGUCAGGAUGGACGCCGUCAAAUGACAUUGAGGGCAUUCUUGUACAGAUAAGGUCUGAGAUAAUGUCGGACAAAAACACUCGCUUGGAUUCAAACCCUGACCGUCAAUACACUGAGACAGAAGCUAAGGACGCCUUCCAUAGAAUGGUAAAGAGAUACCAGUGGAAUUAGUGGACACAUGAACUCCCUUUCUUUUCAUCAUAAAGACACUGGAACUAGUCUUCACUGGAUCCAUUGGCCACUGGAAGUCAUGAUGACACUGGAACUAGCCCUCACUGGAUCCAUUGGCCACUGGAAUUCAUGAUGACACUGGAACUAGUCUUCACUGGAUCCAUUGGCCACUGGAAUUCAUGAUGACACUGGAACUAGCCCUCACUGGAUCCAUUGGCCACUGGAAUUCAUGAUGACACUGAACUAGCCCUCACUGGAUCCAUUGGCCACUGGAAUUCAUGACACUGAACUAAAGCCUUAAUUAAUUGUGUUGAUUAUUAACCAGCCUUCAUUUAAUCAUGACAACACUGGAACUAGCCUUCACUGGAUCCAUUGGCCACUGGAAUUCAUGAUGACACUGAAUUAGCCUGCUCUGGAUCCAUUGGCCACUGGAAUUCAUGAUGACACUGAACUUAAGCCUUAAUUAAUUGUGUUAAUUAUUAACCAGCCUUCAUUUAAUCAUGACGACACUGGAACUAGCCUUCACUUGAUCCAUUGGCCACUGGAAUUCAUGAUGACACUGAACUAGCCUACAUUUAUUGUGUUGAUUAAAAACUAGCCUUUGUGUAAUCAUAAAGACACUGGAACUAGCCUUCACUGGAUCCAUUUGCCACUGGAAUUCAUGAUGACACUGAACUAGCCUGCUCUGGAUCCAUUAGCCACUGGAAUUCAUGAUGACACUGAACUAGGCUAAAUUUAAUUGUGUUGAUUAUAAACAAGCCUUCAUUUAAUUAUAAAGACACUGGAACAAGAAUUAUAUGUGCAACAUUCCACUGUAACUAGCCCAGUGCUCAAGCUAGGCCUAAAUAAAAGGAGGGGGGAGAGCCUUGCUACCCUUUGCUCAUUCAGGAGAUCCCUGGAUCUGUACCCUUUGCCCAUUAAGGAGCUCCCUGGAUCUGUACCCUUUGCCCAUUCAGGAGAUCCCUGGAUCUGUACCCUUUGCCCAUUAAGGAGAUCCCUGGAUUUGUACCCUUUGCCCAUUAAGGAGCUCCCUGGAUCUGUACCCUUUGCCCAGUAAGGAGAUCCCUGGAUCUGUACCCUUUGCCCAUUAUGGAGAUCCCUGGAUCUGUACCCUUUGCCCAUUCAGGAGAUCCCUGGAUCUGUACCCUUUGCCCAUUAAGGAGCUCCCUGGAUCUGUUCCAUUUCCCUUCUGCAAUUGUACCCUUUGCCUGUUCAGUAGAACAUUGGCACUCUUUUCAUUGAUUGUAAAAUUUGCAUUAUUUUUAAUAGAAAAUUAAUUAAUUUUAAGAUGUGAUAUAUUUUUUUCAUGUUCAUUUGGACUGUCUGCCUGUUGUUAGCUAUUCAUUAUAAAUGUGGUUGUUAUUAUUGCAUUUAAUUGGAGUGAGUGACUUUAUUUUCAAAUGGGUAAUUGCAAUAGCAUUAAAUUUAAGCUUGACUAUUUGAAAAAUAAGGAGGGCUAUACUACUCGCCCCUGGCGCUGGUCGCGGCCAUUUUUUUGUUUAGGGCAAGUUGGAAUUUUCACAUAUAACACCAAUACUUUUCAUCCAAUUUACUUCAUACUUCACAAAGUUGUUUAGGACCAUUAACUCAAUUAGACAGAACUUAAGAUAAAGUUUUAGGGCACAAAGUGUCUGGUUUAAGUUUUGGGACAAGUUAGCAUUUUCACUUAUAACUCCAAUACCCUUCAUUCAAUUAACUUCAUAGUUCACGCAAUUGUUUACGGUCAUCACACAAUUAGGUUAUAUAACUCCAUAUUAUCCUAAUUACAAAUUAUGCCACUUGAUUGACUUAGGAAGUUUGUUAAAAAUUCUCUGUCUAACAAAUAUUUUGAUGCCGUUCAUUCAAGUGACAUUUUACCUUACACUGAUAGAUAUUUUUGACAGAUACAUAUUACCGUAUUAAUGCAUUCAUUCCUAAGAAUAAGCGGCAUAUAGUCAGGCAUGCUGUCCUUCAACAGAUCUCGUUUGUUUUAAUAUUUAAUGUAGAUUACAAUGUCAUGUAACAAAAUUGUGUUUAAUGUUUUGAUUUCUUGUAUACAAUGACUGUAUGUGUUUAUUAUAAAGGAUUAAAGGGUAUAUUAAAUGCAUGCAUGUACUUAAUAUUACCAUUCUAUUGUACAUACAUAUCUAUUUUUGUUGUGAACCUGUUUCGAGUGAAUCCCAUUUUCAGUGCCUAACCAAUACAAAAUAAUGUACCAUUCAUUAUCUUAUUCUCCUUUUUUUAUCUAUAUUUUUGUGAACACCAGACCCAUAUAUUUCAAAACUUCUCCAGUCAAAUCACAAUAUCAACUCAUUAUAUCACACAAAAUCAAAGUAUGAUUGAAGAUUUUGUCUUCUAAUUAUUUUUUAAAAUUAAAGUUUCCCAUGGAAUGUGUGGGGAAAAAACUAUAGUCUACUUUUAAUAUCAAAGACACACUAUUCUAGACCAAAAAACGUAAUUGAGUUAUGCUAAAGAAGCUGUACCCAAUUUCAUUUUUAGCCGUAGAAUAGGUCUCAAAUAUAUGUUUGGAAUCUUGACCAAAAUUUGAAUCAACGUAUUACAUGAGAGAAUGCACUUUAAAAAGAAUAAACACAUCUAUGAUUUUUCUUAUAAAUUUUGAAAUUAUAUGGCAAAAAAGAGUUGAGAUUAGGAUUUAGUUUUGACUUAAUUGUUUUUGUGAUAUUAAGGCCUGAUUGAUUGAUGAUUUGUCUGUACCACUAUUUCAAUGUUUCCCCAUCUUUUCAUUGAUCAACAUAUCAAUCGUUUCGUCUUAUUGUCAUAGAUAUAAAAUGUACACUGUCAAUAUUUUCUCAACAAUUGUAUUUUGACUUUUAUAACUUUAAAUUAAUUAUGGAGUGAGAGGAAUUUUGAAAUGUUAAAUUAUGCUGAAAUACAAGAUUGUAAAUAAUUUAUAUUCUGUUUUGAAAUUUAAAGCAAGUAUUUUUAUGCCCCCUUUUGAAAAAAGUGGGGUAUAUUGUUUUGCACAUGUCGGUCGGUCUGUCUGUCUGUCUGUCUGUCUGUCUGUCGGUCGGUCGGAAUACCAAAUGGUUUCCGAUCAAUAACUUGAGAACGCUUUGACCGAGGGACCUCAUACUUGGUAUGUGUAUUGGUCAUCACCAGCAGAUGAACCCUAUUGAUUUUGAGGUCAGUGGGUCAAAGGUCAAGGUCAGUGUGACCUUUACAUGAAAAACGGUUUCCGAUCAAUAACUUGAGAACGCUUUGACCCAGGAACCUCAUACUUGGUAUGUGUAUUGGUCAUCACCAGCAGAUGAACCCUAUUGAUUUUGAGGUCAGUGGGUCAAAGGUCAAGGUCAGUGUGACCUUUACAUGAAAAACGGUUUCCGAUCAAUAACUUGAGAACGCUUUGACCCAGGAACCUCAUACUUGGUAGGUGUAUUGGUCAUGACCAGCAGAUGAACCCUAUUGAUUUUGAGGUCAGUGGGUCAAAGGUCAAGGUCAGUGUGACCUUAACAUGAAAAAACGGUUUCCGAUCAAUAACUUGAGAACGCUUUGACCCAGGGACCUCAUACUAGGUAGGCUUAUUGGUCAUGACCAGCAGAUGAACCCUAUUGAUUUUGAGGUCAGUGGGUCAAAGGUCAAGGUCAGUGUGACUGUAAGCUGAAAAAAGGUUUUCUGAUUGUCCAUAUUUUAUUUUCUUAUAUAGUAGACAGUAGAAAUUUAUAUGUCACUAAAUGCAUGAGUUGAAGUAUCAGUUUUCAGUGAACAUCUAGUUUAAUUAUGCCCCCCUUCGAAGCAGAGGGGUUAUAUAAUUGCUUUGCACAUGUCGGUCGGUCUGUUGGAAGACCAAAGCUUGUCCGAGUGAUAACUCAACAAUUCCCGGACCUAUGGUCAUCAAACUUGACAUGAAGAUUAGGUAUGACCAGUAGAUGACCUGCCUCAUAUGCAUCCAAUGACAAAUCAGCUGUCAUUUCAGUCCAUGCAUAUUUCAUUCAAUUGUCCAAAUAUUUCUGGCAACUUGGCGCUCAGGGGGCAUAAUGUUUGACAAACAUCUCUUGUUUAAAGUAUUGUUUUUGCAAAUAAAUCAAAGAAACUUG